AUGUGGCACGCGGCGGUUUUUAUACUUUUGGCUCGUGCUGUUAACACAAAAGAAAUAAUCGAACUUCCGGGAACGGAACAUCUAGAAAUAAACUUCAAGCAUUAUUCCGGAUAUUUUCAAGUUUCAGAUAUCCAUUUUUUGCAUUACUGGUUUGUGGAAUCACAAAAUAAUCCAACAACAGAUCCGUUGAUUUUUUGGUUUAAUGGAGGCCCUGGCUGUUCAUCAUUAGAUGGCCUAUUGAAUGAAAUGGGACCAUAUCUUACCAGUGAUGAUGGAAAGACACUUCACUCCAAUCCUUAUUCAUGGAAUCAGAUGGCUUCCAUAGUUUACUUAGAAUCACCUGCCGGCGUUGGUUAUUCAUAUUCUACCAAUGGGAAUGUUAAAACCAAUGAUAAGAAGACAGCCGAGGAGAAUUAUGUAGCAAUCAAAGCAUUUUUCAAAGCCUUCACGAAUUUCCGCAAUCACUCUGUUUAUAUUAUGGGAGAAAGUUAUGGUGGCAUUUAUGUGCCAACGCUAACUGCCCUCAUUAUUCGUGGUCGUAAAGAAUUCCCAAUAAAUCUUAUGGGUAUUGCAAUUGGAAAUGGAUAUGUAAAUGAGGCACUAAAUAUUGAUACAUCGAUAAUUUUCGCUUAUAAUCAUGGACUUGUUGAUGAGAAAACGUGGAAUGCGCUUCAAACUGAAUGUUGUCGCGGCUGUAUUGACACGUGUGAGCUGACAAAUGUCACCGAUAAGCAUUGUAUAAGCGAGGGAAGAGCUUCUUUUACUUUUUUUUAG